CUGGACCCCGAGUUCUCCAGUAUGGAGUCAAAGUGGUAUUUCAGGCAGUGUACUUGCUAUGGAAGUUGAUGUGCACAGACCCUGCAGCCUACAUCUUCCUCCAGGCUCGCUUGCCCAUGACCUCCCAUGGUGUCUGCUGCCUUCCAUCUGUCUUGCUGGAGGAAUCGUGGGGUUACUAUCGUGAGACACCAUGCCCAGCUUUAUAUGGGGUCUGGGGUGAAUGCAGGUCCUCACGCCCUUGUGUCAAACCCUUUACCUCCUGAGUCUUCUCCUUAGCUCAGGUGCUCUUGAUUGUUGAUGAUUGGGGCUUUCAGAUUGGGCAGUUUUUCUUACUUUCUUCUGAUGGUGGAGAGGGUCUUCCUUCUGCCUGUUGGCUGAUGAAACCUCACAGGCCACAUCCUCUUUGCUGUGUGGUCUCCUCUCCAAUCUGGCUACACGGCCAUGGCCUGUGCUUCCUCCACUGCCUCCAAGUCUCUCUUUCCUAGAACCCCCCGGGCCUGCCUGCCAUUGCCGUCUGCUGGUUGGUGGGCUGCAUCUGUGGGAGCAGACUGGUCAUCGACUGGCACAACUAUGGCUAUUCCAUCAUGGGCUUGGUGCAUGGCCCCCAACACCCCAUCGUGCUGCUGGCCAAAUGGUACGAGAAGUUCUUUGGGCGCCUGUCCCACCUGAACCUGUGUGUGACCAAUGCAAUGCGGGAGGACCUGGCAGAGAACUGGCGUAUCAGGGCUGUGACCGUCUACGACAAGCCGGCAUCUUUCUUUAAGGAGACGCCCCUGGACCUGCAGCAUGAGCUCUUCAUGAAGCUGAGCCGCACAUACUCUGCUUUCCAGAGCUGCUCAGAGCCCUCGGAGCCCGGCAUGGAGAGGUCUGCCUUCACUGAGAGGGACUGUCGGAGCGGGGUGGUGAGGAGUCUGCACGGGCGGCCGGCACUGCUUGUGAGCAGCACCAGCUGGACAGAGGACGAGGACUUCUCCAUCCUGCUGAGAGCACUAGAAAAGUUUGAACAACUAGCACUGAGUGGAGACAGCCUUCCUUCCCUAGUCUGUGUGAUAACAGGGAAGGGGCCUCUCAGGGAGCACUACCGCCACCUCAUCGGGCAGAAGCACCUCCAGCAUGUCCAGUUCUGCACCCCAUGGCUGGAGGCUGAGGACUAUCCGCUGCUUCUAGGGUCAGCGGACCUGGGUGUCUGUCUGCACAUGUCUUCCAGUGGUCUGGACCUGCCCAUGAAGGUGGUGGACAUGUUUGGGUGCUGCUUGCCUGUGUGUGCCGUGAGCUUCAAGUGUUUGCAUGAGCUCGUAAGACACGGAGAGAAUGGCCUGGUCUUCAAGGACGCGGAGGAGCUGGCAGCCCAGCUGCAGAUGCUUUUCUCAAAGUUUCCCGACCCUGCUGGAAAGCUAAACCAGUUCCGGAAAGAACUCCGGGAGUCGGAGCAACUGCGGUGGGACGAGAGCUGGCAGCGGACUGUGCUCCCUUUGGUCACUCACAGUGACCUCCAGGCCAGAGGCUAGGGCUCUGUCCUCAGGGCGUGGAAUGAGGUCCCCGCUCCAUCCCUCCCGGACCACCAGCCCUUCCCAGCCAUCACCUGCUCCACUUUGUCCCUGGUGGGCUUUUGAGUGCCCCCUAGUGGUCAAAAGCCUAAGGACGGCAGAGGACGCAGAAGGGAAAUGGAUGAUCUGGCAGCUGCUUCAUUCGCUGGCUCUUGAGAAGCUCUUCUCUCUGGUGACCCUGUCAACCUCUUAGUCCCUGGUUUUUGUGUCCAGACUCUCACAUUCCUGUGUUCUGGUUCUGCUGGGCUGCCAUGAGCUCUGGGAUAUCGUGUGUUCAAGGCCUGAGCUGUCUGGCAGGACAAUCAUACUUGAUAAAUUCAUGUUUUUAUUGGUGCAAAGGGAA